UUUUGUGUGUCCAAUUAACAUUGUGAGAGCAUGUAAGUGUGUAUGUAUAUAAGAAUGUGAAUGUGUGACUAUAAGUUUGAAUGUGUGAAGAAAUGUGCAUGCCUGUGUGUUUUUGCUUCUGUGUGUAGAUGAGUGUAUGUAAGAUGGAUUGUCCAGCUUUAUGGCUCUGCCAAGUGACUUGACAAGGGGGGAUAAUAGAUCCCUUUUGAACUUGCAUCAGAGUUGAUUUGUUUGUAGGAAAACCUACAGAAUUAAAUUCAACUUGCAAUUUAUAACUGUAUUUUGUUCUGACCAACCAAAAAUAUAUUUCUUAAAUUUAAAAACAUAGCUUCUUCCUGAAAAUAUUGUAAAAAAAAAAAUAAGGAUAGAGGAGUGUGUUGACAAUUUGAUGGUCUUGAAUUAAGGAAGUAGCAUUGGCUUAUCUGAUACUUACAAGCAUGGUGGAAUCUCCCCGUUAAGGCAUCUGAUUCUGGUGCUUUCUAUCUGAGGGACUGUUUUAAAAACUUCUCUCACUAUUUUAUGGAUAUUUGUAUGAUUCUGCUUCCUAUCACAAGUAAGGGUCAGUAUUGGUAGAGUUUCCUUACUGUUUACACAUUCAUUGACAUUGAGGUGUGCAAAUGAGUGCAAUGACAUCUAAUGUAAAUUAUUGGUAUCAUGUCCCUCUUCUUGCAUCCUUUUUAAAACACAUUUCUUUGAACAUAACUGAUGAUGCAACUUAGCUGUGUGAAGUUAGAAAAUAGCUCACUUUAGCUAGAACAUCUGGGGGAAAUAGAACAUCCACUGAGAUACACAUACCCACUGCCAGUCGAUCAAAUGUGAGACCUAAGUAUUUCCUGCCCUGCUCCAUGUGAGACACUGUCUGCCUCCAGGGUUCACGGAAAAGUAUGUCCGUGCCUCCCACACACACACCAAUAGUCUCUUAGGGGAUGUUAGCUAGAAACUUGUAGUUGUUCAUGGUAGUUAGCACCUGGGAAGAAAGUUUUGAAAAAAUAUUCUCAGCUCCCAAGCCUGUUACUGCCAAUGAUGCUACAAGUGAAAUGAUAAUUGCGGUUCUGAGGGGAGCCGAGGUCACAGAAUCAGAAACUCAUAUAUCAGGGUCUAGCUAAUUCUGUCACACGUGUACUGACUGCUUUGACCUUCAUGCUAACCCCACCAUGCCAGCAGCAGGGAAAAAUGGGUGAGUUUUAGAUUUAUUCAUCUGAGAGUUAGAACCUGUAAGAGAAGGAGUUGUAUCAGGAAUCUGGGUAAGUGAAUGUAAUGGACAAGGCAAAUGUUCUUUCAUGUACCUGGUCAAGUGCCAAAGCCAGGUAUGAAGACGGAAUAAAUCUUGAGGAUAAACUGAGAGAGAUAUCAAGAGAGAUGUGUUCCUAGAUCUUCCAGCAAUCCAGCAUGUCUCAAAGGUAGUGACAGUGGUUAUUAUGGUUUAAUCCAAGUCAUAUAAAAUUUGAUAUUGAUGUGCUUAAGGACUGUAGUUCAGGUGUCAAGCUGCUGUUCAGCUUACUUACAGAAUCAUAGACAUAAUCUUCAGGUUUCUAGAGGUACACUGAGGGUACCUGAAUUGUUGUAAUAAAGAGUAUGAUGAACAUACAAGGAUCAGUUGAUCGUGUGCAGUAACAGUGUGUCUAGCAGCAGUUGCUGGAGAAGAAAUGUCUUCUCUAACUCUGAGUGUAUGAAGCGCUUAACAGAUUUCAUGGUAAUGUCUCUAUCGAUUAUAGACAGACUUUUCCCACUUAAAGUGAGUAAGCAGCACUUUAAAAAAAUAUAGCAAUAAGUUCAGAAAAUAUUUUUAGGCUCAAAUGCUUCUUUUGAUACUUCUGAUGCUUUUAAAUAUUAUAAUAGUAUAUAUUAAGAGACCCAAAAAUGUAUAUAAUUUACACAAUGCAUGCUCUUUUCCUUGGCAUCACAUCAUUGCAUGUUGCCUGUGUACCUUGUACUUUAAUCUUUUUCACAAAUCUUUCAUUCCUGCUAAUAAUUUCAUCUAACAUAGGUAUAAAUAAAUGACAUGUAUAUGAUUUGAAAUUAGUAAUAAUUUGUUUCUACCAUACACUGUUUAUCAGGCAUCAGUGUUUCUAUCUCAUACUUCCUGUGACUCAGAGCAUUGUCCUUUUGUUCCUGAAAUCAAUGCAAAUGAAUCUUUCUUUUCCAUCCUAAUGUUGAGGAAUUCUUGCAUCUGUUAAACUCAACUUGUACUGGGACUGGAUCGUGCAGUUUUAUCCUGCAACUAGGGCAUCUACAUUUUAUUAAGAUCUGUAAAGCUUUAGUCAAAGUCUAUAUCUGCCUCUCAAAUGUCUUCAUACAUAAGUGAAAUCUCAUCAUUACCAAAUAUAGAUAAAAUAUCACCAAUCUAAGUUGAAAUGACAAGAUCGAAAAGCAAAACUGAAUUUAGAUCUGGCUUAUUUGAAGAACAAAACUAUUAAUUUAGUGUAUUAUGGAUUAAAUGCACCACUUUAUUGCCAGGUUAAAAUCCCCACUGUGUUCUCAACCAGUGUGUUAAUUUAGAUGAAACACUUCACCUCUCUGUCCCUUUGUUGUCCUCAUCUUUAUAAGGAAUGUAACAGUGGCUGCCUCAUGAAUUUGUGAGGAAUAAAGAAGUUACUGCAUCUGUGACCUUCAUGGCAGUAUUUCUUACAUUGCAAGUGUUCAUUCAUGAUUCUACUUUCAAUUCUUGGAGUCCUCUGAAGGACAGAAAAAACUUUAAGUAAUUAUUUCUACGUAGGAUUUGUUGGUAAGUGGAGUAAAUUGUAUUUCAGUUGACAUGAUUCCUGUGGCCCACACCUCCUAUUCCUCUGCAGGAUCCUCUGGCUCAGAAGACAAAUAUGAGGCAUUGAGAACUGAGAGGAUGGCCGCCAGGGAUUUGGCAAUAGGGACGAUUCUCUUAUUACAGACUACAUUCGGAAUUGUGGGGAAUUUCUUUCUUCUUUGCCAUUAUCUUUUCCUUCAUUUCACUGAGUGUAGGUUAAGAUCCACAGAUUUGAUUAUCAAGAACCUGAUUGUAGCCAACUUAUUGGUCCUGUUAUCUAGUGGAAUCCGCUAUACAUUGUCAUCUUUUGGAGUGGAUCCUGGUCAUCCUGAUUUGGAAUGCAGAUUUUUGCCCUAUCUUUGCGCAGUGGGCAGGGGUGUGUCCAUUGGCACCACCAGCCUCUUGAGUGUCAUCCAGGCCAUCAUCAUCAGCCCCAGGAACUCCAGAUGGACAGAGAUUAAAGGGGAAGCUCUGAAGUGCAUUGUCCCUUCAAUUACCCUGUGCUGGGCGCUGCACAUGCUGAUAAAUAUCAUUUUUCCUAUGUUUAUGACUAUCCGUGGGAGCCACAAAAACACCACAAAUAGAAAAAAUUUAGGAUACUGUUCUACUGUUCGUCAUGACAAAACCAGAAACAACUUAUAUGCAGCAUUGCUGUCAUUCCCUGAUGUUUUCUGUUUUGGACUUAUGUUCUUGGCCAGUGGCUCCAUCGUUUUCAUCCUGUACAAGCACAAGCAGAGGGUGAAACAUCUUCAUAAGACCAAUGUCUGCCUCAGAAGCUCCCCUGAGUCCAGAGCUACCAAAACCAUCCUUGUCCUGGUAAGCACCUUUGUCCUUUUUAACACCGUUUCCUCCAUUUUUUAUGCACUAUUGGCUCUUGUUAAUAAUCCCAGCUCGUUCCUCUUGGCGGUCACUUCAGCAAGCACUCUGUGUUUCCCAAGUCUCAGUCCCUUUCUGCUCAUGAGCCGUGAAUCCAGGGUAUCCAGGGUGUGGUUUGCCUGGACAAAAAAUACAAAAUCCUUCAGGCUGGCCCACUUGUCUAGUGGUUAAUUUAGCACACUUCGCUUCAGUGGCCUGGGAUUUGCAAAUUCAGAUCCUGGUUGUGGGCCAAGCGUCACUUGUCAAGCCAAACUGUGGCAGGAUCCCACAGAUGAAAUAGAGGAAGGUAGCCACAGAUGUUUGCUCAGGGCCAAUCUUCCUCAAGCAAAAAGAGGAGGAUUGGCAAUAGAUGUUGGCUCAGGACCUAUCUUCCUCACAUAAAAAAGUAAUAAUUUUUAAAAAAUACAAAAUCCCCUAAUCUAAUGAGAAACAUGAAAAUUGUCUGUAUUUCUACAAUGUUCAUUAGAUAGCUCACUCAUCCUCCUCAGAGUCCUAAGUACAGUUAUGUCUCGCUGACCACAGAAUGUAAACAAGACAUGCUGAAUUUCUUCUUCAAAAUAAAUAAUAGUUUGGAAUAGUAAUUGAAAUGUAAUCACAUAUUUAUCAUGGAUAAAACUCAAGUGAUUGAUGUGCUGCUAAUACUUGCAGUAGAGGACUGCAGAAUUCAUGCAACAAUGAACACUGAGUUCUAAAUCAUCUGGACAUUUUGGAGGAUGCUUUGACUGUGUAACUUCAAUCUAUUACAGCAAAUUCCCCAGAGAUGAACUAGGCACA